ACCGAUGACGCCAGGCGGGACGCGGCGGUCCGCGCGACGGUGGGUCAGAGAGGAGCUGUGACGAUGGCUCUGGCGCUGAGGUGGCUCCGUCCUGUCCCAUCCCUGCUGCACCGUUCGUCCCUCCUGCUGACCAGGGGGCUGCCAGGGGCUCCCACGGGCUGCCCUGCCCUGCUCCUGGAGGGCUGCAGGCAGUGUGGCCAGCAGGUGCUGCUGAGCAGACAGCUGGCUACCAAAAAGGCUAAAGGUAAAGGGCAGAGCCAAGCCAAAGUGAAUAUCAGUGCUGCCCUGGUUGAGGAUAUUAUCAAUUUAGAGGAAACCAAUGAGGACAUGCAGGCGGUCAUAGAAGCUCUGAAAGAAGACUUCACCAGGAACAUCAGUGUUAGAACCUCACCAGGGGCCCUGGAUCACAUCACUGUGGUGACCAAAGAUGGGAAGUUUCCACUGAACCAGCUGGGGCAGAUCUCACAGAAAUCACCACAGCUCAUUGUAGUGAACAUGACCAGUUUUCCAGAGAGCACAGCUGCAGCCAUGAAGGCCAUAAGGGAGAGUGGCAUGAACCUGAACCCCGAGGUGGACGGGACGAUGAUUCGGGUGCCGGUUCCUAAGGUCACCAGGGAGCACAGGGAGAACCUGGCCAAGCUGGCCAAGCAAUCCACCAACAAGUCCAAAGAGGCCCUGAGAAAGGUGCGAAGCAAAAGCAUCAACCAGGUAAAGAAGUCCAAGAGCAAAGUGUCAGAAGAUACCAUCUGGCUGCUAGAAAAGCAGAUCCAGCAAAUGGCAGAUGAGGCUGUCGCUGAGAUGGACAAGCUGCUGGCAGCAAAGACCAAGGAGCUGCUUGGAUGAACACCAUCCCCAUGGACACACUCCCCCUGGAGCAGGAAUGGACUGCCACGUGCCCCAGCUCUCAUCCCUGCCUGGAGGCAGCAGCCUCAGGGAUGAGCAGCUCUGUGCCUUGGCUGCUCCCACUGCCCACCUGGGCAGUGCUGGAGGGAAGGGGGGGACUCUCCUCGCUGCUCAUCCAGGUGGGAACAGAAUUGGGUGAAAUGAGAUGAGAAAUAAAACAUCCAGAAGGAGGACUGGAGGCUGCUGGAAGGGUCCCAGGGAAGCUGAGGAGGAAGGACUGCCUUGCUCACCUCACGCCCCAUGUUGUGUUCCUGCACCACCAGCCCAGCAGGAGCCAGGAACACGUGCAGGGGGAGCCUGCACUGUCCUGUGCAAACCUCAGCAUUUGUUUUUUCUUGAAAUAAAGUCAAAAUGAGAUGCGGAGGAGCAGCCCUGCAGCAGCCUGGUUGGUGUGUUCCCUUGGGUUCCCGUGUCCCAAAGGAAGCGUUUGCCCUGCUGGGGAGGGGUGAGGGAGCUCAGCAUUGACUGGGCAGGGGCUCUGUGGUUCCCAAGGCAGAGAACUGAAACCAGUGCUGGCAGCACAGCUGCUUUAGCCAGGACCAAGAAGACCAAAAGCCAACACAGAAACUUCCCAAACCCGUUAUCUGUCCCCACUGACCAGUUACAGAGGACCUGUGCGAGCCACGAGCACCGCAUUUGAGGGGCUGGGGGAGGUAGAAGCAGAACAAGGUCUUGAGCACAUCCCACAGCUCAGCUCCUCACUGCCAGCAGGUACUCCCCGCUGGCAGCAAAUGUCCUUGGCGAUGGCAGGAGCAGGAAGGUGGGGGCAGCCCCCAGCCCUGCUCCCGAGGCAUUUGGGUUCAAAGAGCGCCAAGUGCUCUGCACUCCUUAAAUAAACAACUCCCAAAAAGUUAGUUUGUGUGCCACGGGGAGGGGGAGGAGGAUGAAGGAUUUGCUCUGCUAGGGCCCCACAUGUCAACAAUUUCUCUGCUUUGUGUAUUUUGGCCGAAGCCCUUGCCAUGAUAAAUGAAUAAAGGAAGAUGGCGAGCCCAGGGCGGUUCCUCAGCUCGGGAAA